AGUCUUUACCCAGCAUUCUAUGAUUUAUACCCGUGAGCUGUAUAAUAAUGUCUGACUCGGUUCUGAAUUCAUCCAGUAUCUACUAGGGAAAACCAAACAGUAAAUGCAGAAAGGUUGCUAGAAGCAUAGUGAUUUCAUAGUAAUUUCAGCUAAUAAUCCAGUGUUUUUGAACUAGAUCCAGUGUUGUUUGAUAACAUAAUAAUUGUAAAGGAAAGUGUAACACGUUUUGGUGCAAAGAUUACAAAAUGAGUAAAAUCAGAUGUAUUCGUCCAUUCAAAGACAUUCAGUGUUCGAAAGAGCUGCGAUAUCUCACGGAUGGUAUCAUCCAAAAACUAAAGUCAAUUGGAUUUUCCAAGGUAUCCACACUGAACACCAAGGAUUUUCGUAUUUGUUCGUCUUGCCGUCUACAUAUUGAUUCAAGAGCUCACCUCACCCAAAACGAAGAACAAAGCGUAGCCGGUGGCUCAAGGAUGCCAACUGUUCAGACCAUACCUGUUGUACCUGAUUCGCAAAGCUAUGAAAGUUUGGUCACGAUACCAUCAGCGUCAACGCUAAGCACAAUUCAAUCAAAUGAAGACUUCACGAUGCCUGUAGACGUCGAAAUAUUCAACCGAGGAAUAGCAGCUAUUCGUGUUUCGCCUAUAGAUUUAGGUAAGGUUAAAAAUGUUCACUAUCCUGAAAAAAAGUGCGCUGAAAUCGUCGAAGGUGUACGAAGAAAUCUUUUUAAAUUAGACGCUAAAACAGAAAAAGCAAACGAGUUUAAUGAAGUCAUAGAAAAUAUGAAAAUUAAAUUUUUAAAUUCAGCCACAAGGCAAGAAAAACUAUCAAUUUUAUCAUUGUUACCAAAAUCAUGGUCAGUACAAAAAAAUGUAGACGAAUUUAAAACUAGUAGAAAUAUGGCAUCAGAUGCAAGAAAGGAAAAAAAUAAUGUAUUAGAUUCAUCUCAAGGUUCAAGCUCUGGAAAAGCUUUGAGUAAUGAAACAAAAGAACUGGUUUUGAAUUUUUUUGAGGACGAUGAUAUAAGCCGUGCAAUGCCAGGCCAAAGAGAUUUUGUUAGCGUAAAGACAGGAAAUAAGAGAUUAGCUGUUCAGAAAAGAUUGUUAAUGAUGACAUUAAGAGAAGCUUUUAAUCGCUUUAAUGAAGUGUACGUCAAUGUAAAAAUAGGGUUUUCAUCAUUUGCAAGCCUCCGGCCAAGGCAAUGUAAACUAUUGACUAUCACAGGAACACAUAAUGUUUGCGUUUGCACUACGCAUGAAAAUGUCAAUUUAAUUCUACAUAGCUUAAAAAAAUACAAUGUCUUGAAUGAUCUAAAAACAUUAACGAAUAGAUUACUUUGCGAAAAUAAGACAACUCAUUGCCAUCUACGAAGAUGUAAAAACUGCCCAGAUACCUCAGUUUUAGAAGACAGUUUAUUGAAACAACUGGAAGAAAACUUUGUUGAAAAGCUUUCAUUCGAACAAUGGGUUACCACUGACAGAUGUGAUUUAGAAACUAUUGUAAAGCAAACCGAUGACUUUGUUACAUUUUUCAGCUCAAAAUUAGAAAGUUUGAUUCCGCAUGAUUUUGUAAAAACCGAACAAUCCAAUUUUUUGAAAACUACAAAACAAAACUUGCAAGAUGGUGAUUUUUUGGCUAUUUGUGACUUUUCUGAAAAUUACAGCUUCGUUUUGCAGGAUGAAGUUCAAUCACACCAUUGGAACGUGCAACAGGCCACAAUCCAUCCUUUCGUAAUAUAUUAUACUGAAAAUAGGCAAAUUAAACAUUUUAGCUUCAUUAUAAUUUCAGAAGAACUAAGACAUGAUUCAGUCGCUGUUAAUUUGUUUAUUGAUAAAAUGAUGAACUUUAUACAAAUUGAUCAAAAUAAAAACAUGAAAAAAAUUUAUUUUAUGUCAGAUGGUGCUGCUUCACAGUAUAAAAACCGAAAAAACUUUUCUAGCCUUUGUAAGUUUAAGUCAAAGUAUGGUAUUGACGCUGAAUGGCAUUUCUUCGCAACAUCGCACGGAAAAGGUCCAUGCGAUGCUAUUGGAGGUACGAUAAAACGCAUGGCUACCAGAGCAAGUUUAGCCAAAGAACGCGAACACCCGAUAAAGACUGCAAGAGAGUUGUUUAAUUGGGCAAACAAACGAAAAGAAGAAGAACUUACAAAGUUGUCAUUUUGUUAUUCUACUACAGAAGAAUACGAAAAUAUGUCUUUGCAGCUAAAUAAUCAAUAUAAUAAUGCAAAAACAAUUCAAGGAACUCAAAAAUUCCACUCAUUUCUUCCUCUAUCAGAAAAUACAAUAAAGGCAAAGCUUUAUUCAAACUGCCCUGACAAUGAUGCCAAAAUAUUCGAUAUUGUUAAGAAAGUUGUGUAAACAAUAAUUUGAUAAAAAUACAGGAAUAAAAAUAAACUGAUGUACAAAGUAUAAUGUUAUUUUUAAUUGCGCACAAAUACCACCCCUGAAAAAUAAGCCAUAUUCGCUCUUUUGAAUCUUGCUAAUUGAGGAGCUUGCGAUAUGCAAGAGUUGAAUGCACAUUUUCAACACAAUACACCAAAAACCACUGGAAGAAAUCAUUGUUCCUGAUAGUGGGAUUUUGUAACUUGUUUUUCAAAAUACUUUUAAGGCAGAGAAUUUCACUCAAAUCUUUAAGCUGUCAGUGUCAUUUUAACUCAAAAUUUUCCAAUCUUUCCGAAAAAAAUACUUUUGAAACUGGAGAAACACGGAGUACAUUCGAAAAGGGCUAAAACUUAUUAAGUUAUCAAAAAAAUCAAUAUUAAAUUAGUAAUAUCUUCUAAACGGUGCAUCUUAGAAAAAUGUUACCGAAGUACUUUUUUCUUGCAAAUUUGAUGUACUUUCAUAAAAUUAGGGCGACAAACUUUUUUGACUUUACUUAAUAGCUUUUUUUGAAAACCGUAAUUUUUUAAAACAUUUUUUUUUUCAUUGUAACCUAUUUUUCUCCAGAACAACCCACUGUGCACUAGGUAGCAUUUUCAGUCAGCUAUAACAUAAGGAUAAUAAAAAAAAUAUUGACAUGUCACUUUUGAGGGAAAAACUAUAUUUUAGUUCAAAUCACAAAAACCAAACAUAUUUUUUUACCGUGCAUAUUUUCUCCAUAUAGCACCAACAAUUGUCUAAAACUUCGCCGAAGACACCAAACCGAUCGGACAAACCGUUUUCGAGAUACAAUUUUUUGAAGAUAUCAUGUGCAUUUUUCAUAGGCCCUUCUCAUAAGUAAGGCUAGAUUAAAAAUGGCGAACCAAGUAUGCAAAACGGCGUUUUUGUUCCCCAAAAACUUGUAUGCAAGGUUCCAUGCAAAUCAAAAAAUACAAAAAAUAAAAACUGGAAAAAUUUCCCCCUUGUUCGUGGAA